UACCAACACAAAUAUUUAAAAAAUUGAAAUAUUCCACAGUAGUUGUUAACCUCAAAUAUUUGAUUGUAUUUCGAUUUUCUCUCAAAAAUUAUUGCAUUAAUCUUUUAAAAUGCCAGAAAAAAAUACUCCAGCUGGAUCCUACGAUACUUUAGAAACAAGCCAAAUUAAAAAUUUUAAGGAUUUCCUAAUAUCAUAUAACAAAUUAUCAGAGUUAUGUUUUGUUGAUUGUAUUUCUGAUUUUACGAGCCGUAAUGUUAAACCAGAAGAGGAAAGAUGUGCAGUUAAUUGCGCAGAAAAGUUUUUAAAAGCUAAUCAACGAAUAUCAGAACGAUUCCAAGAAUUUCAAAUAAUUAGUAGUGAAAAUUCAAUAGCAAAUGCUCAAAAACAGGGAAUGAUUCCCCGUUCAUAACUUUAGGACGAUGUCGUAGGAAAAAAUGAAGCCAAAAUUAAUGAUUUAUUUGAUUUGAAGAGUACACAACUUAAAUAUAGUUUUUUUUUUGUUACAUUCGUUGUUGUUGUAAAUACUUACAUGUUAUAUUUUAUUUGAAGUUAUUAUGUUUCAAGUA